AUGCAUAGCGGGGAGCGGCCAUUUUGCUGUGACGUGUGUAAGAAGUCUUUCAUUCUUCAGGGUGAUCUGAAGACACAUCAGCUCAUACAUAGCGGUGAGCAACCAUUACACUGUGACCUGUGCAAGACGUCAUUCCGUAAGAAGAGUAAUUUGAAGGUUCACCAACGCAUACAUAACGAUGAGCGGCCAUUUUACUGUGACCUGUGCAAGAAGUCUUUCAUUCGUCAGGGUGAUUUGAAGUCACAUCAGCUCAUACAUAGCGGUGAGCGACCAUUUUACUGUGACGUGUGCAAGAAGUCAUUUAGAAACAAGAGUAAUUUGAAGUAUCACCAACGCAUACAUAACGACGAGCGGCCAUUUUACUGUGACCUGUGCAAGAAGUCUUUCAUUCGUCAGGGUGAUUUGAAGUCACAUCAGCUCAUACAUAGCGGUGAGCGACCAUUUAACUGUGACGUGUGCAAGAAGUCAUUCAGUAAGAAGUGUAAUUUGAAGGUUCACCAACGCAUACAUAGAGGGGAGCGGCCAUUUUGCUGUUACAUAUGCAAGAAGUCAUUCAGUCAGCAGAAUAAUUUGAAGACUCACCAACGCAUACAUAGCAAUGAGCGGCCAUUUUACUGUGACCUGUGCAAGAAGUCUUUCAUUCGUCAGGGUGAUUUGAAGAGACAUCAGCUCAUACAUAGCGGUGAGCGUCCAUUUUACUGUGACGUGUGCAAGAAGUCAUUCAGUAAGAAGGUUACAAGGUGGUUGAAGAAGUUUAAGAAGGGCCAGGAAGGAGUGGAAGAUGACCCCCGCUCUGGACGGCCACCAACAAGCCAAACAGAUGAAAAUGUGACUCGUGUGUGUGAUUUGUUGAAUACUGACUGUCGAAUGACUGUCCGUUUGUUAGCCGACACUCUGAACAUUCCAAAAACCGUUGUGCAUCUCAUCGUUAUGGACGAAUUGAACAUGCGAAAGAACGUUACAGAUUUGGAGAGAGUACAGAUACGGUGUUCGAGUGGUGAGAUGUACCCAGCAUCUCCUCCCGAUGCAUAUCAAGAAACCAGUAUAAAAGCCGAGGUACCGUCAGAAGCAGAAGCAGAGGAUCCUCUCGCAAUGACAUUUCCAGGAGGAAUAAAGGUUGAACCUGAGAACCUUACAGACUCGGAGAAAGAACGAAGUCUGUGUAGUAAGAUGUCACCAGCAGCUUCUCAAGAUCCAUAUCAGGCCAUCAGCUUGAAAGCUGAGGUACCGUCAGAUGCAGAAGGAGAGGAGGCUCCUCAGGCAAUAGCAUAUCCAGGAGGAGUAAAAGCUGAACCUGAGGUGCUGGCAGCCUUUGUAGAGGCAGAGAAAGAGAAGGAGGAAAAACACUUUACUUGA